GAACCUCUUCCAGGGUUGCAAAAAGCUUCUCAUAAGUUGAAAAUUGAGUUCAAGACAAUUUGAAACCAUUUCACCAGUUUUCUCUUCUCUUUCCAGGCAAGGCAUAUGUGGAGAGUUCAGUGGCAGAAUAUUUAAGGUAUGUGGGCAAUCUGUGGCAAGUCCAUCUAAGAAGGUGUGACCAGCUACAAGAAUCAGCUGACCUUGAGUACGGAGACUCAGAAGUGCCAGCAAGACCAGAAAAGGAACUGACUGGAAGAAUAUUGCUAUACAUAGAAGAAGUGGUUCACAUACUUCUGCAACAAUCAUUGACUUAGAAUAAAUACAUCAGUAAAAACAUCAGCAGUGAAAUGACAGAUUCUGGUGCUCUUUGAUUUUCUGGUGGAUUUUAUUACUUGGACAUUGCUAUUGACAUUUUUACUAUCCCAGUUAAUAAAUCUUGAAUCUCUCUGUACAUAAAAAUAUAACUGGACAAUUGCAUUUUGAUACUUUAAGUUUUUAAUGUUAGAUAAUUUGCCAAGAUGAGUGCCGAAGGAUAUCAAUACAGAGCUUUAUAUGACUACAGAAAAGAGCGAGAAGAAGACAUUGACUUGCACUUAGGAGAUAUAUUAACUGUGAAUAAAGGUACCUUACUAGCACUUGGAUUCAGUGAAGGGGAAGAAGCAAAGCCUGAGGAAAUUGGCUGGUUGAAUGGCUUUAAUGAAACCACAGGGGAGAGGGGGGAUUUCCCAGGAACUUACGUAGAGUACAUUGGAAGAAAAAAAAUAUCCCCCCCAACUCCGAAGCCUCGUCCUCCUCGACCCCUUCCUGUAGCACCAAGUCCUGCAAAAGUUGAAGCCGAAAGUGAGCAACAAGCUUUUUCACUUCCAGAUCUUACAGAACAGUUUGCACCUCCUGAUGUUGCUCCACCGAUUCUUAUCAAGAUAGUGGAGACCAUUGAAAAGAAAGGUCUGGAGUGCUCAACUUUGUAUGGAACACAAGGUUCAAGCAGCUCAGCAGAAUUAAGACAAAUUCUUGAAUGUGAUGCUUCUUCACUGGAUUUAGAGACAUUUGAUGUGCACACUUUAUCAGAUGCUCUCAAGAGGUAUCUUCUGGACCUGCCAAAUCCCAUCAUUCCAGCAGCUGUUUACAGUGACAUGAUUUCUGUAGCUCAAGAAGUGCAGAGCUCAGAAGAGUAUGCUCAGUUGCUGAAGAAACUCAUCAGAUCUCCAAAUUUACCUCCCCAGUAUUGGCUCACACUCCAGUAUUUGCUCAAACAUUUCCUCAGAGUUUGUCAAGCCUCCAGCAAAAAUCUUUUGAAUGCAAGGUCUCUGGCUGAAAUUUUCAGCCCUCUGCUUUUCAAAUUUCAGAUAGCAAGCUCUGAUAAUACUGAAUAUCACAUAAAAAUCCUAGAGGUUUUAAUCACAAGUGAAUGGAAUGAGAGACAGCCUGUACCAGCACUGCCUCCUAAGCCACCAAAACCUAAUAGUGUAACUAACAACAGCAUGAAUAACAACAUGGCAUUACAAGAUGCUGAAUGGUACUGGGGAGAUAUCUCAAGAGAAGAAGUAAAUGAGAAGCUCCGAGACACUGCUGAUGGUACCUUUUUGGUACGAGAUGCUUCAACCAAAAUGCAUGGGGACUACACACUUACGCUAAGGAAAGGAGGAAAUAACAAAUUAAUCAAAAUCUUUCAUCGAGAUGGAAAAUACGGCUUUUCUGACCCAUUAACUUUCAACUCUGUGGUUGAGCUAAUAAACCACUACCGGAAUGAAUCUCUAGCCCAGUACAAUCCUAAACUGGAUGUAAAAUUAUUGUAUCCAGUAUCUAAGUACCAGCAGGAUCAAGUUGUAAAAGAGGAUAGCAUUGAAGCAGUGGGAAAGAAAUUACAUGAAUAUAAUACCCAAUUCCAAGAAAAAAGCCGAGAAUAUGACAGACUUUAUGAAGACUACACAAGAACAUCACAGGAAAUUCAAAUGAAAAGAACAGCUAUUGAAGCAUUUAAUGAAACAAUAAAAAUAUUUGAAGAGCAGUGCCAGACACAAGAAAGAUACAGUAAGGAAUACAUUGAAAAAUUUAAACGGGAAGGAAAUGAAAAAGAAAUACAAAGAAUCAUGCACAACUAUGAAAAACUGAAGUCUCGAAUCAGUGAAAUCGUGGACAGCAGACGUAGAUUAGAAGAGGAUUUGAAGAAGCAAGCAGCUGAGUAUAGAGAGAUAGACAAACGUAUGAACAGCAUUAAGCCAGACCUCAUACAGCUGAGGAAGACAAGAGAUCAAUACUUGAUGUGGCUGACUCAGAAGGGUGUUCGUCAAAAGAAGUUGAAUGAAUGGCUUGGAAAUGAAAAUACAGAAGACCAAUACUCUAUGGUAGAAGAUGAUGAGGACUUGCCCCAUCAUGAUGAGAGAACAUGGAAUGUGGGAAAUAUCAAUAGAAGCCAAGCCGAAAAUCUGCUGCGGGGAAAACGAGAUGGAACAUUCCUUGUUCGAGAGAGCAGCAAACAAGGCUGCUAUGCCUGCUCUGUUGUGGUGGAUGGAGAAGUAAAGCACUGUGUGAUAAACAAAACACCUACUGGAUAUGGAUUUGCUGAGCCGUAUAACUUGUACAGCUCACUCAAAGAACUGGUGCUACAUUAUCAACACACAUCACUUGUGCAGCACAAUGACUCUCUCAAUGUCACACUAGCCUACCCAGUAUAUGCACAGCAGAGGCGAUGAAGAUCUUAAUACUCUGGGUUGUUUGGGUUUUUUUCUGUAGAAAAGAUUUGACAACAUUGAGGCCUCUGGAGAGAAAAGGCUCCUUUCAGCCUUACUCAAGAAUUUGAGCUGCGGUAUCAAAGCUGUCUGUCUUCAGAUGGGACUAGAGCUUUCUUUCACAACUGCAGUGGGAGAAAUCACAGUACUAAGCUGUGAAUGUAUGUUUCUAAUCUGAAGUGCUUUUUUUUUAAUUAAGAAAAGAAAAACACAAGAGAGAGAAAUCCGAACCUGAUCUCCCUGCAGGGACAUAGAGGCCUUUAAGCUUGGUGCUUGUUUACGACCACUCCUGAAGCUUUACCAGCUAGAACAUUGGAUUCUCCAGACACAAGGUAUAAGAGGUCUUUGUCAUUUGAUUAGUGGAAUUUUCAUGGUCACAACCUGGCUUGGAUUUGGUGUUGCUGCACUCAGUGGAUCCAGACACACAGCAUUGUGGAUUUUUUGGUUUCUGGUGAAUGAUAUGUAGCAGAAUGGCACUUUUAUUUCUAGGGACACUUUAAAAGGACUUCAGUUACAGUAUGUUGUUCCGAGUAAUUGUAAUAGCAAAGUGCCAGGAAGUGUUUUGUUUAGAUGUUUGAAAUCCAGUUUUAAGAAUAUGAAACUGAAGAAAACGGGACUUUCAGUGGCAUACAAUAUAUAAUUAUGUACAUAGUGUUGGAUGACUAACUAUCAUGGAUGGAAACUAUCAAUACCAAACUGCAUCUUUUUUUCCUUUUCUGUUUGCUGAAAGCUAAAUUCUUAGAUCAUGCUAUGCAAUACUGAAUUUUCUUUAGGCUGUAGUCUUUUCUCAAGCAUAUCUACAGGUUAAGCUUGGUUUUCUUUCUUGAUUCCCUGUCUUCUAUUUCCUUUUGUUCUUUUGCCUGAGAAUAUAUUUCCUGAUGAUUAUUUUUUGUUACUCAUUUUGUUGUUUGUUUGUUUUUUGGUGGGUUUUUUGUUGUUUUUGUUUUGUUUUUUUGUGGGUUUUUUUUUUUGUGGGUUUUUUUCCCUUUUUUUUUAAUGUACAGAAAGCCAGCAACAGUUGGCUUCAGAAUUAAAACUAUGAAAUAUUCUACAAUUUUCUUUGUAUAGAAUAAUGAUCUACUAGCUCAGAGUUUUAAGAGUUAGUAUUUUUUUUUUUUUACUAUUUUGUUGGGCAGUGCCUGAUAAGCUUCAAAGCUGCUUUAUUCAAUAAAAAAAUACAUGAACAUUAUGAAACAUCACUGAGUCCAACAAUAUUGUUUCAGAAAUAUCUUUAGAAUACGGUACCACGCUGUUUGCUUCUUAAAGCAUUUUGAACUUCUGUCAUGAUUGUCUUUGUAUUUGGAAGAUGAAAAAUUGUGUAUCCUUCUCUGAUAGCAAUUGCAGAAAAACAGGGGAUAUUUAGCUAUUGGAGAAGAUAGUUUGGAUCUUAGAAUGAUUCCAUUUUUCACAGUAAAUAAAAGACUUCUUGACCUAC